AUGUUUCUUUGGACCUUUACAGCCAACACGCGACAUUCCAUAUCCACAGUGUGUUCAUAUCUAUCUAUCUAUCUAUCUAUCUAUCUAUCUAUCUAUCUAUCGAUCUCUAUUCAUAUCUAUCUAUCUAUCUAUCUAUCUAUCUAUCUAUCUAUCUCAGUCUGUUCAUAUUUAUCUACCUAUCUAUCUGUAUUAAUCUAUGACUGUUCAUGUCUAUCUAUCUAUCUAUCUUUCUCAGUCUGUUCAUAUCUAUCUAUCUAUUUAUCUAUCCCAAUCUGUUCAUAUCUAUCUAUCUAUCUAUCUAUCUAUCUAUCUCAGUCUGCUUAUAUCUUUCUUUCAAGCUAUCUACAAUAUCUAUCUUUCUACGCAUCUAUCCAUCUAUCUAUCUCAGUCUGUUCAUUUCUACCUACCUAUCUAUCUGCAUUAUUCUAUGACUGUUCAUGUUUAUUUAUCUAUCUUUCUCAGUCUUUUCAUAUCUAUCUAUCUAUCUAUCUAUCUGUAUUAAUCUAUGACUGUUCAUGUCUGUCUAUCUAUCUAUCUAUCUAUCGAUCGAGCGAUCUCAGUCUAUUCAUAUCUAUCUAUCUAUCUAUCUAUCUAUCGAUCUCAGUCUGUUCAUAUCUAUCUAUCUAUCUAUCUAUCUAUCUAUCUCAUCUGUUCAUAUCUAUCUAUCUAUCUAUCUAUCUAUCUAUCUAUCUAUCUAUCUAUCUAUCUAUCUCAUCAUAUCUAUCUAUCUAUGUUCAUAUCUAUCUAUCUAUAGUCAUACCUAUCUAUCUAUCUAUCUAUCUAUCUAUCUAUCUAUCUUCAUAUUAUCUAUCUGUAGUGAUAUCUAUCUAUCUAUCUAUCUAUCUACAAUCAUACCUAUCUAUCUAUCUAUCUAUCUAUCUAUCUAUCUAUCUAUCUGUAGUCAUACCUAUUCAUCUAUCUAUCUAUCUAUCUAUCUAUCUAUCUAUCUAUCUAUCUUUAUUCUUAUUAUCUAAUUCUGUUCACUCGUUCACUAUGUCCGUUAUCUAUCUAUCUAUCUAUCUAUCUAUCUAUCUAUCUAAUUCUAAAUCCAAUGUUUUUUUUCUGCCAAAUGAUUAUUACCUUAUCUAUCUAUCUAUCUAUCUAUCUAUCUAUCAAUCUAUAGUCAUAUCUAUCCUUAUAUGUCCAUAUCUAUCUCUCUUUCUCUCAAGGUCUCAUACAGCAAGGAAAACACCGAAAUAUAUUUUGGAAAUGAGAAGUUUUUUUCUACUAAUUGAUUAUUUACCUCAUCUCUCUCUUUCGCUAUCUAUCUAUCUAUCUAUCUAUCUAUCUAUCUAUCUAUCUAUCUAUCGCACUCUAUUCAUAUCUAUCCUAAUAUCAAGGAAAACACAGGAAGAUAUUUUGGAAAUCAGAUGUUUUUUCUACCAAAUGAUUAUUACCUUGUACCCAUCUAUCUAUCUAUCUAUCUAUCUAUGUAUCUACAUCCAUGUCUAUCUAUCCAUCUCUCUCUAUAUAUAG